AUGUUCCGUGCCGCCAUUCGGUGCAAUUUCAAUCCGUUAGGCGUCAGUCGUCCAGGCCAACAACACACAUGUCCUUUUACUCUCCUGCCACAUAACGGACAACACCUUCUCGUAGACCCCCCUAUUCCCAGUGCUGGUGGACGGAGACAGAGACAGAGGGGGCCGAACCAUACCAUCGACGAGAAGGGGAAGGAGAAAGCCAUCGACGAGAAAGACAAUGACGGGAAGAGGAAGAAAGAUGCACGAGACAGAGGGAGACAAGAGGAACAAGUCCAAGAACCUGGUCACGGCAAUACCUCCCUCACUCCCAUCGACUCAAACCUCACCUCUCUCGCCUCAAAUGACUCAAGCUCAGACUUGACCGCCCUCCGGAUAGCACUCACAACCCGCGAAGAAGCCCUAGACCAACACAGGAGAGGAUUGAGGGGGGUGAAGGAGAGGGUUAGGGAGGUGCAGAGGGGUAUUGUAUAUCGUGAGGAGGCAGCUGGGCAACGUGAGGAGGCUGUUGGGCGGAGGGAGAACAAGGUGGAGGAGAGGGAGGACGCGGUUGAAAGGAGGGAGCGGGAGCACACUUCAAGAUCACAAGGGAGGUGCUCCAGUCGCGAACUUCCAACACGUACGGUGAUUACCAGUGCCCACAAACAAUAUGAAGUCAUAUGCCACUCAAUAGGACUGAUGAAAACCUCAAUACACCACAACAAUAUCAAACUCGGAACCACCAAGCUCUUCGUCAACAAAACGCGAACGUGGAUGCAAGCCCUCACCGCCGUCGAACUCCAGCACCGAGACCUGAAACACCGACACCCCAACCUGGAGCUGCCGAUCCCAGAAGGUGACAUCCCUGCAAUACGCAAGAUGAAAACCUUGCGCCGGAUCCACCUGACGCUGAAGGGUCAGCAAGAAGGGUUGCUCUGGGGCAUAGGCUACUCCCAAUGCCUGCUCUUUGGCUCAGGAAUGACAGCACGAGCGUGA